ACAUGGGGGGCUAUCAAUAAUGUGGACAAUACAAAAGAAAGGGUUUUCUGCACAAAAUAGUGGUUCUCUCUAAACUACCCAAUUGUUUUAUAUUAAAGAAUUCAGAUAAAGUCAACCAUGUAUAGGCUUCCCAGUUGAUACCUCAAAACCCAAAUUAAAAAAAUUUAAAAAAAUUGUCAAAUGAUGUUGUAAGAGAGAGAAAGACACAGAAAGACCUUUUGUCUUCUGGAAGCUGAGUUGAGAGAGAGAGAGAUUGGAGGGUUGGUAUUGGGUGAUGGCAACAGUGUUUCAAGCCCAUCAAGUGUUUGAUGUUUUGUCUCUUUAACCAAUCCAAUAUAAGAUUGAUGGAGUAGAGAAAAGAGGGUUUGUAUUGUGAAAUUUUUGUUUACUCUGUCAGUUUGGUUAUAUGGGAGGUCUUAUCUUUAUUACCAUCCUAUUUUGGAACUCACUGUUGUUUCUUAGUCCUUCCUCUUCACAUCCUUUAUGUACCGAUUCAAGAGCACCCUUUAAUGCAACGACCCCUUUGGCGUUUUGUCCUUACAAUGGAACCGUCUGCUGUGACUCUGCAGCAGAUUUACUUUUGCAGAAGCAAUAUAAAGCGAUGAACAUCUCUGAUCUGGGCUGUGCUUCUCUUCUGAAAUGGGUCCUAUGUUCGAGAUGUGAUCAAUUCUCAGCAGAGCUAUUUAGAAUUAAUUCUGUUCCCCGGCCCGUCCCAGUACUCUGCAACUCUACUGUUUCAGCAGAUUACUCUCAAUCUAACCAAGCAAGAGACAACUUUUGUGGAAAAGUAUGGGAUACUUGUCAAAAUGUGUCUAUUAUGAGUUCACCCUUCGCCGCUUCUUUACAAGGUCAAACAGGACAACCGGUUAAUUCCAAUUUCAGCAAACUAACUGAUUUUUGGCAGUCGAAAGCCGAUUUUUGUCUUGCAUUUGGUGGAGCUUCCUUAGAUGAUGCAGUCUGUUUUGACGGAGGACCAGUUACAUUAAAUAAAACUGAUGCUCCAAGUCCUCCGAGCGGUAUGUGUCUUGAGAAAAUAGGGAAUGGUUCUUACCUCAGUAUGGCCCCUCAUCCUGACGGGUCUGGUCGCGCCUUUUUCUCCAACCAGCCUGGUAAGAUUUGGUUGGCAACCAUUCCAAAAGAGGGGUCCGGAGGAACACUGGUGCUUGAUGAGUCAAAUCCAUUUCUUGAUCUAACCGAUGAAGUUCAUUUCGAUACUGAAUUUGGGAUGAUGAGUAUUGCAUUUCACCCAAACUUCACGCAAAACGGGCGUUUCUUCGCUUCAUUCAAUUGUGACAAGGUUAAGUGGCCCAGAUGUGUCGGAAGAUGUUCGUGUAAUUCGGAUGUGAACUGUGAUCCUUCGAAGCUACCUGCUGAUAAUGGUGCUCAACCAUGCCAAUAUCAAUCUGUGGUUGCGGAGUUUACUGUUAAUGGUACCGCAUCCCAGCCUUCCUUGGUACAUAUCAGCAACAGUGCUAAACCAUUGGAAGUGAGACGGAUAUUUACAAUGGGCCUUCCAUUUACAUCUCAUCAUGGGGGACAGAUUCUUUUUGGGCCUGCGGAUGGGUAUUUAUACUUCAUGAUGGGGGAUGGGGGAGGUACAGGUGAUCCGUUCAAUUUCGCCCAAAACAAAAAAUCGUUGCUUGGAAAGAUUAUUAGGCUUGAUGUAGAUAACAUUCCAAGUGCUGCAGAAAUUACUCAGCUUGGUCUGUGGGGAAACUACUCUAUCCCUCAAGAUAAUCCAUAUGUUGAAGAUACACAAUUGCAGCCUGAAAUAUGGGCCUUGGGACUAAGAAAUCCGUGGCGCUGCAGUUUUGAUUCGGAAAGGUCUUCUUAUUUUAUGUGUGCGGAUGUUGGACAGGAUCUCUAUGAAGAAGUGGAUCUCAUCACCAAGGAUGGGAACUAUGGGUGGCGUGCUUAUGAGGGCCCCUAUCCUUACUCUCCUGCACAGUCACUUGGAGGGAACAAUAUAUCUGUAAAUUCCUCAACGCUAAUUUUCCCAGUAAUGGGAUACAAUCACACUGAUGUAAACAAGAAUGAAGGAUCGGCCUCAAUCACAGGGGGUUAUUUCUAUCGGUCCACAACUGAUCCAUGCAUGUAUGGGAGCUACUUGUUUGCAGAUCUGUAUGCCACUGCUAUAUGGGCAGGCAUCGAAACCCCUGAAAACAGCGGGAACUUCACAGCUACCCAAAUUUCUUUUAGUUGCGCACAUGACUCACCUAUACCGUGCAGCAUUGUGCCUGGAAAUUCACUGCCUGCUCUGGGCUACAUUUUCUCAUUCGGGGAGGACAACAAUAAGGACAUUUUCCUCUUAACAAGCAGUGGCGUGUACAGAGUAGUCCGUCCCAGCCGCUGCAAUUAUGCUUGUGCUAAAGAAAAUGCCACUGCAUUUGUGACCCCUAGUCCCGGCUCUUCCUCCUCUUCACAAACAAGCCGGUUUGGUCCAUCUAAUAUCUCGGUGAUCCUAUGCUCUUCUCUUUUGUUGCUUUUGUUGAGUUUUUUUCUGGUAUGAUGCGAUAUAUAGAGGUUGAAAAUGAUGAUUUUUUGUGCAUUGCAUGAGAUUAUUGGAUAGUUAAAAGAAUCUUUCC